AUGUCUCCGACGAAGGAUAUCACGACUCUACCACCGGUUGUCUCGCCUGGCGAAAUCUACACACCACCAAAGGCGUUCGUCAAGGGUCACCACUCACGGAUAGCAAAACCACUUCGGGAUGUCAGGAGGUCCGUCAGUUCAGCCUUUGAUGUUGCUUACAAGGAGUCUACUGGAGGACCACGGUCAAAGAUAUCAGCUCAAACCUUGAAACAUAAGCCAACCUAUGGGGACAGGGGAACAAUGACGCCCACGCCAACUCCGAAGCAACCACUUUCUUCUAUUUUCCGACCCCCUUCUCCUAUCACUAGAUCUAAUAGCAAGCUUGCCGUCUCUAACGUUGAAUCAUCGCCGGCGCUCCUCAAGCCACGGUUAAGAGGCGAGAAUACACUCGCACCAUCGACUCCACCGUCAAAAUCAGCGACGAAAGCAAGAAAGGACGCCCCCGCUCAGCAAGCCGCCACUGUUGCUGUAGUGAAAGAACUCCAGGCAACAAAUUCCCCCAAGUCAUCGGCGGCUUUACGGGAGACGAUUGCAAAAGCAAAAGCUGCAAAAAGAAAAGCUCGCGAGAGUAAUGGGACGACAGCCCCGCCAUCAUCUGAAGCCUCUUCCUGGCCAUCGGAUUUUAUCGACGAAGCGGCGUCUCUAGGUGGCGAUAACAAAGGGCUGCUGCGGAAACGUAUACAACAGGCUGUAACGUCUGGUCAUCUGAAUAUCGCAGCAAUGAAACUGAAACAAAUGCCUCCAGAAGUCAUGCAAAUGUAUAAAUCGGAGAACAGCACGACGAGUUGGGCCGAAAUGGUGGAGUUAAUAAAACUCAAUGCGGCAGACAACGAGUUUAAGGAAUUAGAGGAUGACAUGUUUCCCGAUUUUUCAGAAUCGGAAUUGGCUGACGAUGAUGAGAGCACAAAUCAAUUUGGCGGCCUCGAGACAAUAGACCUGCGCAGAAACCGAUUGCGGCAAAUACCCAUAGGAAUGCGAAGGUUGGAAAGACUUCAGUCAUUGAACUUGAGCGGCAACAAACUUAUCAACAAUGCUUUCAAGGUCAUCGGCCAGAUACCCCAUCUCAAGGAGCUUAUCAUGGCGGACAAUCUCAUCGAAGGCACUUUGGAACUUGGCGACUGCAACCUCGAGCAUCUUCAAGUUCUCGAUUUACGCGGCAACAAAAUCCAGAGCUUUGGUGCCGAAGGUCUAUCUCGACUUGGGAGCAUGAAGGUGUUGAACAUUGCUGGCAACAAGUUUGCAACACUCCCGUGGGAGAGUCUACCUAUUUCAACUUUGACCGAACUAAACGUCUCCAGAAACCGUAUUUCCGGUACCCUGCUGUCAGGCACGCUGGCUCUCCUUGAGCUGCGUACCUUGGACGCGUCCUUCAAUGAGCUGGAGAAAUUCUUUGACAGUGACAAUGCCCCAGAUCUCCCAAAUCUGCGUUCAAUCGCUCUAAACGGCAACAAGUUCAUCAACCUACCCCCAUUAACGAAUUGCAACCAAUUAUAUACCUUGGAAGUUUCGGAAAAUCAGUUGGAAGAGAUUCCCGCAGAUUUAGCACAGUUGGAUAACCUAAAAACGGCAGAUUUUGGAAACAACAACAUCCGCCUCGUUCUGCCCGAGAUUGCGUUGAUGACGAACCUGUCGACCUUGAACAUCGUCGGAAAUCCACUUCGUGAGAAAAAGUACCUCACAAUGAAUACUUCGGAGCUCAAGGCGGACCUCGAGAAGAGACUUGAAUUCGAACAAUCCGAGAAGCCUUCCCCGGAGCAAAGCGAUAACCUCACCAGCUCAAAAUCUAGCGGGGAGUACCGUUACACCCCUUCCAAUGGAAUCCUCGACCUUUCCUCCCAUUCACUGGUCACCCUCUCCGUGGCCGAAAUCGACCUGUCUUCACAAAUCCACACCCUCAAACUCUCCAACAACGAACUCCCAUCCUUCCCGAUUGACCUCCUUUCACACCCUUCCUUGAAAUACACUCUCCAAUCUCUCGACCUCUCUCAUAACCCUCAACUGCAUCCGACAGAGUACCUCACCAGCGAACUCUUCCUCCCAAACCUGAAAUCACUCUACAUUGUUUCCACAGGCCUGACCUCUCUCGACGCGCUCACAACAUACCUUAAAGCCCCCUGCCUCGCGGAAAUAAACAUCUCAUGCCAUCGUCUCGCAGGCCACGUCCCUUGGGUCCGGGCCUGGUGGCCGAACGUGAACACUUUGCUGGCUACAGAUAAUUGGUUCACUUCCGUCGACAUUGAGGGCGUCCGCGGGCUGGAAGUCCUCGACAUCAGGAACAAUGAGAUCGAGAGCCUACCACCAAAGUUGGGGCUAUUGGGCAAUCUCCCUGGCUCCAAGGAGAAGGUGGAAGGGAGGCUGAGAGUAUUGGAGGUCAGUGGGAAUAGAUUUCGCGUUCCACGGAUAAAUGUGGUAGAAAAGGGCACAGAGGCUGUCCUGAAGGACCUGAGGAGGAUGGUCAAGGAAGAGGAGCUGACAGAGGAAUGGCGAGACGCGGUAUAA